AUGCCUCAAGAUGUACAGGCAAGAUACCACUCGGGAAGCAUGUGCAGGAGGGGCAGGAUACUUGCUGUGACGAUGGCCCUAGCGUUGCGACAUGUAUUGCUACGGCCAACUUCCGCCGAUGAGGUACACGUGACCAAUUGUUGCAGGGUGGGGCCAUCGGUAGCCAGCGUUGAGAUCAGUCCCUUCCAUCUUCCAGCGACGAGCUCCCCCGAUUCUUUCCCCAGCACACCUAAGUACCAUACCUUCCCUUACGCGACCCAUUCUGGACCACAGACUUCCACUCAAACACCUUCAAUAGCCAGGCCGGCCCAUCCAGAAAAGAAGGAGUUUGAAAAAAAUACUGAGGCGCACUUUCCCUCCCAUCGCUCUCACACACUCACAUUUACCUACCGACUUUUUCUCCUCCCAUUUUCCGCUCCCACUCUUCUUUUCCUUCACCUCACUUCUCCACGACCGACCUCACUUCUCUCUCCCGGCCUCCAACUCUUCACCUCUUCCACCUCUUCACCUCACCAACUCUUCCAAAACAAUUCCUCUCACGACCGCCUCUUCAACUCUUCCACUCCCACUCUCAACCUCUCGCCCACACCCGAGCGCCUCUACCUCUCUCCCAUCUACUCCUCUACCCCUCCAUUUCUCAACUUUCCCGAUCCACCACCCACUUCAAUCCACCACCUCAUCCUCCCCGCCACCCACUACGCAACUACACAUCCGUCACCGCAAACGAGCUGCACCAACGCACUCCAACCUACCAAUCUCUACAGACCGAAGCUUCCGCUUUACGGAUUCAAUUCACUAACUACCUUCCUGAUCAAAAGUUCAGGAAAAUACUACAGUAAGUUGCAGCACACAAAACUACCACCCCGCGCCAUCAUUACCCCCACUUUGAACGUGCAAGAGCUCCUGGCGUCAAUCCGUCCACUAUAUCAGGACGGGUCAGGGUCAGGCAUAGCUGACCCUGAAAAUCGUCACGCUCUAUAUGGUAUAAAAAAUCCCGACUACCAAAGUUACGUGCCACGGCCACGGUUUGGAGGUAGUGUCGAUUCUCCUGUUCACCUUCACGCGUCCUCGGGUGGGGAAGUUGACGUGCCUGCCCUGGACUAUCGGGAAAACCACAACUUCUACAAAAUCUGA